GUAACAAUAUCCCGCCUUCACCCGCCCAAAACAGCCGCCGUAUUCCGCCGUAACUUCUUCCUCAAAUAUCGCGUCCUUUCAAUAACGUCUUGCUCCACCCGCCGUGCAAACCCCCAGAACUCCACACCGAUCCCCGCGCCCCGCCCAUUCCACCUCCCAAAAACAGUUAAUGUCGUCCGUCCGUCCAAAUUUUACAUUCUCUUGCUGUAAUUUCUAUUUAGUCUUUGGCCUCUCUUGGCAGGCAAAAUGUUAGAACUUCUCAGAACAGAGGAUCUCAAAUUCUCAAUCCGCCACCGGAAUGGAGUCCCCGAUGAAUGAUGAUAUGAUCUAUAAGCGCCCAUUCCAUGUUACUGGUUCAGUGUAUGAUAGUAAUGAUGCUUCCGGGGAAACUUUUUCCCGGAAAAAACUCCGGGUACUCGGCGGCGAUGACGUUAUGCAGGGGAGAGCCAAACUUUCCGAUGAACUUCCACUGGACGACGGACGAAAUGGUCGUCGACGGUGUUCUGGCGGAAUUGACAAGAGCCCAGUUCCUAUUAUUCAUCAUCCAGUGGACAUUUCUUCCCGGAAGAAACUACUGAUUCUCGACGUCAACGGUCUUCUUGCGGCCGUUGACCGCCUAACCUCAGCUGGACGCGUCAGCUAUUCAGUAACAAAGAGACCCUUCUGUGAUGACUUUUUGCACUUUUGUUUCGAGAGAUUUGAUGUUGCUAUCUGGUCCUCGAGAAUCAAGAAGAAUCUUGAUCCAAUAGUUGACGAUAUGUUUGGAGAUUUGAAGGGAAAAUUGGUGUUUUGUUGGGAUAUGUCUUAUUGUACCCGGACCAAAUUUAAGACUUUGGAGGAUAAAUAUAAACCCAUAGUUUUUAAAGAGUUAUGGAAAGUAAGGGACUCAGGAUUUCCAAAUCAGCCUUGGCCAAAAGGAUACUACAAUGAGUCAAACACAUUGUUAUUGGAUGAUUCCCCAUACAAGGCCUUGCUUAAUCCCAUUCACACUUCAAUCUUUCCAUCUACCUACAAAUCCACGAUCCCGGAUGACAAAUCAGUAGGUCGAGGCGGUGAUAUUCGAGCUUAUCUAGAAGGGUUAGCAAUUGCCGUUGGUGAAGACGUGAGGGAAUAUGUAAAGGGACACCCAUUUGGGCAAAGAGCCAUUGAUGAAACUAGCUCUGACUGGCAUUUUUACUCUCGAGUCCUUGGAUCCUUUUCUGCACUUUCCUAAUCAACUACUCCGUAAUUGCUAUGUAAUUCGAUUCCUUCAAAAUCUAAUUGAAACCUCGUGAAAGACUUGGUCACUCUUUUGUCCUAGUUCCAGUGUCAUAUGCGCUCACUUUUGAGAAACCC